UGCACCAGGGUACGGUAAACACAAGGUUAUGUAGAUAACUGACUGUCUCAAGACUGGAGAAGUAGAGAUCAGUUUAGCAAAAGGUAAAGAUGUCACAUUUUGCUUUUGCACUUUAGAUCUACGUAUUUGCCCUGUUAAAUAAAUGGUGAACUUGUUAGUGAUCAAGCAUCUUCUGUUAGCAGUGAUGAUUGGCUCUCAAUUAGAAGGAGAGGCCUCUUUAGUGUCCAACACGAGUGUGGCGUGUCCUGGAGAGACAGUUCUGUUCACAUGCUCUGUGACUGGUACUACAGUGAGAUGGCAAGUGGAUCCUCCAGCGGAAUCUGGGUUGAUGUCUGUACAAAGUGCAAUCUUGCUUGGUUCUGGAGUUGGUCGAAGGGACACAUUUGGAUCUGGAGUGAUCAUGUUUGAGGCUGUUCUUGUGAGCAAUGAUGGUAGAACUCUGACAUCCACUCUCAUCAACCUCAGUGAAGUGUCCGUACUGGAUGAUAGCAAUGUCACCUGUACUGUUCCUCAAUUAAAUGGUACAGUUGUUGAACUACUACGGACAAUCUCUGUUGCUGGUAAUCCAACCUCUCCACUCAACCCAAGUUUAUCCUCUACUCAAAACCAGCUUAGCUCCUCUAUUAUCACCCUGGAGUGGGACCCUCCCUCCUCUACUGGUGGUGUGUCUGUCAACUAUGUCCUCAUCAUCUCCCCAACACCUCUCUCAGGGUCACCAGUCACCAUGGAUACCACCUCCAUACAGAUCACCAUCUCCUACAACACACCCUACAAUGUGACCAUCAGAGCUGUCAACUGUGCUGGAAUGAGUCAAGAAACUUCAAUUGUUGAUUUGAUUGUGUGCCGCACACCGUCUACUGCUGCUGGUGUGACCAUCACCAACACACCUCCCGUCACUAUUGGUGGAUCCAUGCUCACCUUCACUUGUAGUGGAGACAAUGAAGUGAGAACCUCAACCUGUGGCAGUAGUGGGUGGUCUCCUGACCCUGGGACCUUUAACUGUGGCAGUCCUACAGUAGAUCCCCCAAUCACCUGUGGUUCUCCUGCUAUACCAUCUAGAGGUAGUGUGGACAUCAGUGGUGGGACACCACCCUUCUCACUGGGUUCACAGGUCAUCUAUCGCUGUAACGAUGGACUAUUCCCCCCUGAUGUGAGGACCAGCACAUGCACUGAUGUGGGGGGUAGCGGAGAGUGGGUGGAGAAUCCUGGGAGCUUGUUAUGCAGGGAGAGGCCAGUCAACUGCGCUCUUCCUACUGAGCCUUGCAAUGGUGCUAUAGUUGAGUAUGAGAGGUUGAACAAGACAGUGUUGGAGGGAACAGUUCUGACUUACCAGUGUGACAAUGGACUCUCACUGACUGGAUCCAACACCAUCACUUGCACUAAUACUGGAGUCUGGAGCACUGAGCCUGAGGCAAUCAUGUGUGUAGUUUCUACUGUCGCUCCCUUGUUCUCCACUUCUGCAACUGUCGCUAUCAGUGUGGUCAUCACUUUCAUUGUCACUCUAGUCAUUGGAUUCCUCACUGGACUGCUAGUGAUGUAUCUUUUCUUUCGUAAGAAAACAGUGUACUUCCCAACAACUGAAGGACAAACUAACGCAGCGUCCACUGCACCAGUUGGUCCUGUUUAUGAGGAGGUGUCACCCAAAGAGGAGAUUGAACUCAACACAAACCAGGCGUAUGGACCAUUAGGACUGUGAAACUCGUUCACUCUUUAUGAAUAGCAUUCAACAAGUUACAUUGCAAUAAUUAUCAUUCUGUUGGUAUUUUGUUUGUUGUAGACUUAGUGUUUUUGAUAGCGUAUACGUAUAAUUAUA